GAAAGCGCCAUGAAUAACAACUUUACUUUUCGCUCCAGUGUAUUCAAGUUACCCGAAAAGUUUUUGCCACCUACAAAGAGAAGAAAGGUUCAACUUUAUAAGGCUUCGUUGCUUGAACCUUUACCUGAAAAUGGUAUCGUACAUACCAACAACACUUCGGUGGACACUAGUUCUACAAGGAACAUACAAGACGAGCCUGUUUUGAACAAUUGUAACUCUUAUUGUGACGCGAGUUCUUCUCCUCCUUCAAUACCACAAAGUACAGAUUCGAAGUUAUUUUCAAUGGAAGUCAGUAGUCGAGAGAGUGAAGUCUCACCACCACAGUCUAGUCACACGACUUCUUUACAAGGAAGCUCACAAGACAAAAACGAAGAUAAUUGUAUGGGAAAGCCAUAUAUGAACGAUAAGGAAAGGCGCCCAAACUCUCCUUAUGAAAAGUCUGUUUCGGAGAAUGUCUUGAAGGACGAAGUAGUGGAGUCGGAUACCUCCUCCGGUGAGAUUCCUCCAGGAAAACUGGAAACUAUGGAAAUAGUCAAUCACAACCCUGAAGACUUGAACGAAGAAGUAAGUUUUCAGCUACAAAAUUUAUUUCACGCCGGAGUUGUAUUUCCUGAUGACUUUGACGAGAGAGCUUUUCAAUUUCUGUCAGGGUUACCACCAAAGAGUGCUAUCGAGGCUUUGACAGACCUUUCAGAGCGUAAUUUUUCCAAUGUUAAGAAACGCAAAGCUUUCGUAAUGAGCGUACUUCGUCAACAUGCUCCUGAUGAUGACACUCGUUGGAGCUCACCACAAAAGCAACAACAGUCAACACAUGAAACUAAGGUACCUAUUAUAGUUCCACCUUCUGCGUUGGCUCAUCUUCCUUCACGAGUGGCAGAUAGUUUACAACUAGUAUUUGCUUCUGGUGUUUGUCAUCCUUCCAAAUUUGAUGAUCUUGCUAUGGAAGUGUUGGUUAGUUUAGAAGAAAAUGAUGCCGUUCAAGCAUUGAAAGAAUUUGCCAACGUUGAUCCUUCUACUGUAAGGAAUCCUUCUGCAUUUUGGAUGGGAAUAGCUAGACGAUAUCAAAUAAGAGCGAAGAAAGCCUCCAUCCAUCCCCAUUCAUCCACAGCUGUUCAAAGCAAUGAAAACUUGAUGGGAUCUCAUUCUCGAUUAAGGUCAGUUGGAGACCGGUAUAGACAACAGACGGAUCACAAUUUUGUUUCAUCUGGAAGAUCAUCUCAAAGUGGUUUUUCUUCGAGUCUUGAGAGAUUCGAGACAAAUAGGAAGAGAAUACAUCACGAAGAUAGUCAUAAAAUGGUUACCGAAUAUAUUGAAGAAUUGACGAGGAGAAAUAUCUUAGCGCCUGGAGCACUUGAUGAAAAGGUUGUAGAUUCUUUGAAGCGGAUACCACAAGAUGAUGCACUUACAGUAUUACGUGACCUUGAACAUCUUGAUUAUCGAAGAAUUAGAAAUAUAUCUGCUUUUGUUACAGGAUUAAUACGCAAAGUUACCAGCAAUGACCAUUUUAAUCAACGUUUGACGAUAACAAAUCCAAACAACUUGGUGGAUGAUUUGGAGCCACGAGUAAAACAACGAUAUCUUUCCUUGUUUUCAAAAGGUUCGGUGAAUGAGAACAAAGGAGGAUUGGAUGAUAGGGCAUUAGAAGCUUUAUCAAAUUUAAGGCCGGAGCUAUCUUUACAAGUCUUGGAUGAAUUAAGCAAAGUGGAUAUGGAUCAUUCACGAAAUAUUUCCAUGAUAGCAAUGGGAAUUAUGAAGAAAGUUACUCAAAGAGAAAAUCAUGAAAGAAAUGUAAGAAGUUUUAAAUAUUAAUAUCAUCUACGAAAUCAUUUAAAACACAAGUAAAUAAAAAUAUUUUUGUAAAC